GGUUAGUGGGGCCGAGUGAGUGAGAAAUCUACACAAAAGUGAAGUCUGAGCUCUGAAAGUCCACUCGCUUUCUUCAUCAUCAUUUCCUAGUCUCUUCGCUCAUCAAUGGAGAAUUUUUGUAAGGAGGAAGCUACUUAGAACCGUUCAUACCGUAGCUUUCCAGUGAUUUUUUGAGGCCAAUGAUUUCAGAGAAGAUGGAUCAAAAUUCUAAAUUUUCAGAAACAACAGACACAUUGCUCUCAUCAUGGAGUUCUUUGCUCCUGCAACCAUUUCGAACCGUGUUGGAUCGUUUUUCCUUUUCCAAUUUGGGCCAGGGAGGUUCUGCGUCUUCUAGUCCUUCCACUGAUUCCAAUCGUGUCCAUAGCUAUAGAUAUGAUGUGUUUAUUAGUUUCAGAGGUGCUGACACCCGCAACACUUUUGUUGAUCAUCUUUAUGCUCAUCUAACAAGAAAGGGUAUUUUCGCCUUCAUGGAUGAUAAAAGGCUCGAGAAAGGAGAAUCCCUUUCCCCGCAACUUCUACAAGCAAUUCAAUAUUCACGGAUUUCUAUUGUUGUCUUCUCUGAAACAUAUGCCGAGUCAAAGUGGUGUUUGGAAGAGAUGGCUACUAUUGCAGAAUGCUGUAAAGAACUCAAUCAAAAAGUAUUUCCUGUUUUUUAUGAUAUCGAUCCAUCUCAUGUACGAAAUCAGAAUGGGGUGUAUCAGAACUACUUUGAUUUAUACAAGAAGAAAUUCAAACGUAACCAGAAUAAGCUUGUGAGAUGGACCAAUGCUAUGAACUUUUUAGCUAACUUUGUUGGUUGGGAUGUCAGGAACAAGCGAGAGUCUAUAGAGAUUGAAACAAUUGUUCAAGCAGUAAUAAAAACUUUGAAUCAUAAAUUCUCAGGGUUUACCAACGAUCUUGUUGGGAUGCAACCUCGCAUAGAAGAAUUGGAAAAACUUCUAAAAUUGACCUCAAAGGAGGAUGACUUCCGAGUUCUGGGAAUUUGGGGGAUGAGUGGAGUAGGAAAGACAACUCAUGCUACUGUUUUGUAUGAUAGAAUCUCUUAUCAGUUUGAUGCUUGUUGUUUUAUUAAUAACACAAGCAAACUUUAUAUGGAUGGUGGUGUUAUUGCUGUACAAAAACAGAUUCUUCGUCAAGCUCUAGAUGAAAGAAAUCUAGACUCAUACGAUACUUGUGAAAUAGCCAGGAUUAUGAUAAAUAGACUUCAGAGUGGCAUUAAGGUCCUUCUAGUUUUUGACAAUGUUGAUCAAUAUGAACAAUUGGAGGAAUUGGCUAUAGAUCCUAAAUUGCUUUGCAAAGAAAGUAGAAUAAUCAUAACCACAAGGGAUGAGCAUAUUCUAAGAGUGUAUGGGGCUGAUAAAAUUCACAAAGUUCCAUUGUUGAAUAGUAAUGAUGCUUCUGAACUUUUUCUUAGAAAAGCCUUCAAAGGUGAAGACCAAAGCAGCAAUUGUGUUGAGUUGAUUCCAGCAAUACUAAAAUAUGCUCAAAAUCUUCCAUUAGCAAUUAAAGUAGUGGGCUCUUUCUUGUGUACUCGAGAUGCUACUCAGUGGAGAGAUGCUUUGGAUAGAUUGAAGAACAAUCCAGACAGUAAAAUUAUGGACGUGCUUCAGAUGAGUGUUGAUGGACUACAACAUGAGGAGAAGGAAAUAUUUUUGCACAUUGCUUGUUUUUUUAAAGGGGAGAGGGAAGAUUAUGUAAAGAGAAUUCUAGAUGCAUGUGGAUUAUACCCUCACAUAGGAAUUCAAAGAGUCAUCGAGAAGUCACUCAUUACCAUUAAAAACGAAGAGAUUCAUAUGCAUGAUAUGUUACAAGAACUUGGGAAGAAAAUUGUUCGGCACAACUUUCUCGAAGACCCAAUAUCAUGGAGUAGAUUAUGGCGAUACAAUGAUUUCCAUCAUGUCUUGGAGACAAAUAAGGGAACAAACAAUAAUGUUAAAGCUAUAGUUCUGGAUCAAAUGGAAAAUUUCUCCACCAUAUGCAUGGCUGAAGGAUUUUCAAAUAUGAGCAACCUUGUACUUCUCAUGUUGUAUCAUAACAACUUUUCAGGAAAUUUGGAUUUUCUUUCCAACAACUUGCGAUAUCUUUUGUGGCAUGGAUACCCUUUUACUUCUUUGCCAUCAAAUUUUGAGCCAGAUUAUCUUGUGGAACUGAAUAUGCCUGAUAGUAGCAUUCAACGACUGUGGGAAGGCCGCAAGGAACUACCUAAUUUGAAAAGGAUGGAUUUGAGCAACUCCAAGAAUCUUAUAGAGACUCCAAAGUUUUUUUGGACCCCAAAACUCGAGCGGCUAGAUUUUACAGGAUGCAUAAACUUAGUACAGGUCCAUCCAUCAAUUGGACAUCUUACAGAACUUGUUUUUUUAUGUUUGCAAAACUGCAGCAGUUUGGUCAACCUUGAUUUUGGUAGUGUAUCAAGAUUAAAUUCUUUGAGAGUUCUACGUCUUUCUGGUUGCACAAAACUUGAAAAGACGCCUGAUUUUACCGGGACAUCAAAUCUUGAGUACCUUGAUAUGGAUGGAUGUACAACUUUAUCUAAAGUUCAUGCAUCUGUUGGGGCUUUGACAAAGCUUAAUUUCUUGAGUUUGAGAAACUGCACAAAUCUGAUUGAAAUGCCCGAUGGGAUUGAGUGGAUAUCAUCCCUUGUAACUUUAGAUUUUUGCGGUUGCUUAAGUCUUAGAAUUCUACACUUCCAAUGGAAUUUUUCUUAUACUAUGAGAUCUUUGAUUUUUUUAGAUUUAAGCUUUUGCAGUCUUCGUGAAGUACCAAAAACUAUUGGAACAUUAAAGACAUUAGAAAGACUAAAUCUACAAGGAAACAAAGUCCGUUCACUACCUGAUGAUUUCUUUGAUCUGGAAAACCUAGCAUAUGUAAACUUAUCUCAUUGCCAUGAGCUUGAAACUAUUAAACCCAUAUCUUUUAAAAGUGCUUCUUCUGGAGGAAGGUAUUUUAAAAUAGCAGCAGGAUCUCGUGAUCAUAGGUCAGGAUUAUAUAUAUUUGACUGCCCUAAGAUCAAGAAGUUUCCCAUAAUCCAACAAAUAUUAUAUAUAUGGUUUGCAAGACUGCAUGAGAAUUCCCAACACUUCCGGGGUGGCUUUGACAUUGUUGUUCCCUGUGAUUGGAAAAACACUGUUUUUACGUCACAUAGUUAUAUUCCAAAAUGGUUCAAUCACCGAUUUGAUGGCGGUUCAAUAGUAAGGAUAGUAGAUUUUCUUGAGCUUGACAAGAAGUUUGGCUUUGCCUUCUUUGUGGCAUUUGAGGUAAACAAACGUUCUGCGGAUUUUGGUUCUCCACAGGAUUCAUUUUCCUCAGCACUUCCACAUCCUUUAUAUCUUUCUUUUGAAAGUGAACACACAGAGGAACGCUUCGAUAUGCCGCUCAGUUUGGAACUGUACAAAACUGAUGGCUCCAAACAUCUUUGGCUAAUCUAUAUCUCUCAAGUGCACUGCCAUUUCUUAAAAACUGGAGCGCAUAUCACAUUUAAAGCCUGCCCAGGUUUGUUAAUAAAGAAAUGGGGAUUACGCUUGGUAAUCAAGGAUCUAAUGAAAUCUGUCCCUAGCUUCGAGGAACACUUACCGCACACUGAUGGGCCCCAACUUUUCUUUGAUUAUGUACAAAAAACCAGCAUGAAGUCUGAAACUAAAAUCCAACUUCCUUACAAUUGGUUUGUUACUGAAGAGGAAGAAGUUGAGAAUUCUGGAGCCAAGUCAAAAGAAAUUGAUCUUUCUAAGCUGGGCCUUUAGGCAUGCCAACCACAGUCAAAUCACACAACACGUUUGUGAGCCUUGAGUGAAGAUGCCUGGUUAUAAACCCGAUCAGGUGAAUGAAGACUUGGUAGGUAUUGUUAUUCUAUGUUUGUAGAAGAUGAAUGUUUUUAUCAGUUGCAACUAGGGAAUUUCUUCAACUUCGUAAGUCUGGGUUUUUUGGGUAUGUUUGAUUGAUGGAAUAGGACGGAAUGAGAUGAAAUGAAAUAAGUUUAUGUUCCAUUGAUAAAAGGAGGAUGGAAUGGAGCGGAACAUGAUGAAAUGCAUUCUAUCCUAUUUCAUGGAUUGCCUUCAUUUUCACAUCCUUCAAUUUAAGAAUAACAAUUUUGUUCUAUUCAAUCAUAAAAUAUUCAAACAACAAAAUGAAAUCUUUGUUCCACUCUGUUCCAUUCCGCUCAACUAUGUUAGUUUUAAAAUAUCCAAACUUAGCCCUCCUAUUGAGGAAUUCAGAAUGUGAUGGUAAAAGUAUGUUAGACCUCUUUCACUAGUUAUUUGAAAGGGAGAGCCCAGACACUCGAAUUUUUGGAAGAAACUGAAUUGUUUAUUGUGUUUC